GUCUCUUUGGAAGUUGUUAGUCAGGCAAUCUCCUGGGCACCCCCAAGGCGGGGUCCUCACAGCCUACGCCGCCGCCUCGGCCCCAGUGCGGAGAAGACCCGGCGCCGAAUCACUGACAGGCCCAGGUGUCGGGAAAAUGAUCCACAGUCUAUUUCUCAUAAACUGUUCCGGUGACAUAUUUCUAGAGAAGCACUGGAAGAGUGUUGUGAGCCAGUCUGUCUGUGAUUAUUUCUUUGAAGCUCAAGAGAAAGCUGCUGAUGUUGAAAAUGUACCACCUGUCAUUUCAACACCUCACCACUACCUCAUCAGUAUCUAUAGGGACAAGCUCUUUUUUGUGUCUGUCAUACAGACCGAAGUGCCACCUCUCUUUGUAAUAGAGUUCCUACAUCGAGUUGCUGACACUUUUCAGGACUACUUCGGUGAGUGUUCAGAGGCUGCAAUUAAGGAUAAUGUGGUCAUAGUGUAUGAGCUCUUGGAAGAAAUGUUAGACAAUGGAUUUCCACUGGCUACUGAAUCUAACAUUUUGAAAGAACUAAUUAAACCACCAACAAUUCUCCGUUCUGUCGUCAACUCCAUUACAGGUAGUAGUAAUGUUGGGGACACACUCCCCACUGGGCAACUAUCCAACAUCCCAUGGCGCCGGGCAGGAGUAAAGUACACAAAUAAUGAAGCCUAUUUUGAUGUCGUUGAAGAAAUAGAUGCAAUUAUAGAUAAAUCAGGAUCUACAGUCUUUGCGGAAAUUCAGGGCGUCAUCGAUGCUUGCAUUAAGUUAUCCGGAAUGCCUGACCUUUCCCUUUCUUUCAUGAACCCCCGGCUUCUAGAUGAUGUCAGCUUUCACCCCUGCAUCCGGUUCAAGCGUUGGGAAUCUGAAAGAGUUUUGUCAUUUAUACCUCCAGAUGGAAAUUUCCGACUCAUAUCAUAUCGGGUCAGCUCACAAAAUCUAGUGGCAAUACCAGUGUAUGUGAAACAUAGCAUCAGCUUUAAGGAGAAUAGUUCUUGCGGCAGAUUUGAUAUUACAAUUGGACCAAAGCAGAAUAUGGGAAAAACUAUUGAAGGAAUCACAGUAACAGUUCACAUGCCAAAAGUUGUGCUGAAUAUGAACCUGACACCAACACAAGGCAGCUAUACAUUUGAUCCAGUUACCAAGGUACUAACAUGGGAUGUGGGGAAAAUUACUCCACAAAAGCUCCCAAGUCUUAAAGGACUGGUAAAUUUACAGUCUGGAGCACCCAAGCCAGAAGAAAAUCCAAGUCUCAACAUACAGUUCAAGAUCCAGCAGCUUGCCAUUUCAGGCUUAAAAGUAAAUCGCUUGGACAUGUAUGGGGAGAAAUACAAGCCAUUUAAAGGAGUCAAAUACGUCACAAAAGCUGGAAAGUUCCAAGUGAGGACAUGAGGAGGCCAAAAUCCCUCAAGAUCUGUUUGUUUUCUAAGUGUCAUUAUAGUUUAUAACUGAGGUACCAAGUAGGUGGGAAUACUUAUUCUAGUUAAAGCAUUUGUGUGAGCUACACGCUGCUAACAGAGUUGCUUAGUGAUCCAUGUAGGGUUCUUAAGGAGCUUUAAGCUAAGGUAAUUUUUUAAUAACUUAGCUUUUUUUGUAUCUUUUCACUUAGGAAGAUUUGGGGAGUGGUUUUCUCCACAGGGGGCACCAGCUGGAGGUUGCACAUUGUAACAGUAAAGGCAGAGGCUACAGUGAUAACCUCUCCUAAAACAAGUGAACUGAUCUCAGCCAGCAGCUGUCUUAAGCUGUAACGUGAUGUGUCAAGUGCAGCCAAAUAUCACACCCAACCUUAGCCAUCCCAAAUCAGCAUCUGUCCCAAGAGGAAGUUCCCUCCUCCCCAAGAAGUUUACAGAAAACUGCCUCUUCCAGUGUUUGCCUUAUUCAGCUUUUCACUUGUGCCAUUAAGCAAGCACUGUAGCAGAAGCCACCUCCACAUGCCCUGGCAAGGAGUACUGCUGCUCCACGCUCCAUUCUCACUGUACUUGGUAUUGUCUUUUUUAUAAAUAAGAUUUCUAUGUAAAGCGCAGAUUUUGAUUUACAGAGACUUGCUGCAGUAAGUACCAUCUCAGUUUUGCACCAUUGGUUCAGCUGUUAGCACAGUAAAAAUCAUUUGUAUGAAAGGGGCAAAUGCUUUAUUACAGUAAUAAAAGGGAACACUACUGCUUUUAGGAAGUUAUUGCAAGCACAAGUGUUUGAGAUUUUAAAUAAAUUACAGUAGUAAAAUAAGAAUGUAAGCGAACCUUUGCCAUCUUCAUGUUUUAUAAAGCUUAUCCAACACCAGUUAAACCAUAGUUAGUCUACAGGCCUCAUGCUGUAGUUUAGCAAGAGGAAAAUACGUCUGCCUCACUAUGGUCUUUCAUCUUUUUUGUUGUUGUUUUUACUGAAUUUAUUGAAGUGACAUUGGUUAAUAAAUUUAUAUAGGUUUCAGGUUACAAUUCUGUAAUUACAUCUUCUGUAUAUUGUAUAUUGUAUUGUGUGUUCAUCACCCAAAGUCACAUCACCACUUACCCCUCUAAACCUUCUUCCUCCCCCCCCCGCCUUCCCUUUCCCUCUGGAAAUCACCAUACUGUUGUCUGCGUCAAUGUGUUGUUUUUAAGGGGCUGAAUUUGCUUGUGUCCCCUUUUCAUAUUGUAUGUUUCCCAAAGCUAUACUCAAUAGCUUCUGUCUGAAACUAUUAUUGUAUUGUCACUGGAGCACUUACAUGUCUCUGCUGUACUGACAAGUUACCUAGAAGAACAUAGUGAGGCAGAAACAAAAUCCUCAGUAACAUUGAUUAAACCUUGUGGUCAUCAUGGUUGGCUGCCAGUCUACAGUUGUAUUCCACUCAACUUCACUGGCUCAGUAGUCCUUGCCCAGUUAGUAUGCCUCAUUAGACAUGAAGAAUGGAGAAAGGCUAAAAGUUAAGAUACAAGUGCUUGUUCUUCCUAUGUUCCUUCUUGUCCUUAUUUAUGCUAUUAGAGUUCUUCUUAUGACUCCAUUGUUUUCAUUCUUCUCAGCUUAUAACUCCCUUUCCUUUAUGUUAAAGAAAGCCUUGACACUCAUCCCAUUUUGCUGUCAAGGACUAGUGUUUGGUGCUGGUGCAGGGAAGCCAAUAUACAGAAGCAUUCUUACCUUUGUCUGCCUAGGGCACCCAGCCUACCUUUCAUCUUUUUGUAACUCUGUAAUUUCUAGAGUAGCCCAGGCCGGUUUUAUUCAGUUGGUUAGAGUGUCAGCCCAAGCAUCAGAGGGUUGCAGGUUCAAUACCUGUCCCAACCAGGGCCGAGCAGGAGGCAACCAAUCAGUGUUUCUCCCCACCCUCCCCCACCACGCCUUCUCCCUCCUUCCCUUUUACUUUCUCUAAUAAUCAAUGGAAAAAAUAUCCUCAAGUGAGGAUUAACAACAACAAAAUUUCCCAGGUAGCCAUCAUCAGCUUGGCAGCUAAAAUCAAGAAGUUGCCAAAUAUUGAUUCCCUUUGCUUAAUGUUGGCUAUCCAGUUCAACUACUUUUUAUUUUUAGUGUUUUAUAAAGUUCAUACCUCAAAAGAACAAUCAGUUCAUUUGCUUUCUUCCUGCCAAAUCCCUUAUCAGCCAUCUGUACCUGCUGUCCAUUUUCUUUCUGUGCUGUCUCCUCUUAUAUACAAGCAGAUUGUAUGCCAAGAGUCCCUUGCCUCUAGCAAUUUCUGAUAAAGCUUCCAAAUAGACUAUAUCCUUUUACAAUUAAAUUAUUGUAUUUAUUGAUUUGAUUGAACCCAGUAAAUCCUUCCUCCAGCUCUGUCAAUAAAAAGAUGAAAGCAACAAA